UCCGGUGAAAAUCACAUGAAAGUUUUUUUGAGAAAUUUUAAGUUAUAAUUUCCUUUCCAGCUUAAUUUUGCGGACCAUGUCAGACCGGUAACCGGAAAAGUGUUUGGUAAACUGAAAAUCCUCGCUCAAAGACACCAGAAGUUCCAUACACAAUGAGACGCAAAAGACAUAAUGGACUAGACGUCAACAAAUAAUAAUGUCGAAUUUAUUAUCAACAAUGUAUUGUAGAUAACAAUGUUACAUUAACCUACACCACUGAAGAAAUAGCUCCAUACUAACAAUGUUUCAAUCCAGGAAACAAGAGGUAGAUAUUGUGUCUGAACUGGCUAUUCUUCUCAGGAGAAGUGGUGACAAGAUCUUGAGUGGAGAAAGCAAACUCACACUGACAACUCAGUCCCUGUCACGUCUGUAUGUGUCUUUUCGAAGAUACAGUGAAACUAGUCACCAGGGGGAGGUAACCAAUGACAGAAGACGAGGCAGAGACAGGAAACAGGACGAGGAACACCAGAGGUGGAGAACCAAUGUCCAGUUCCUCAAUGAUUUCAUCUCGAAGACUGUUUCUCUCAAGUUGACCCAUGGAACACAGACAAUGCAGGAGCCAGUGUACUUGUCACGGUUUAGAAAUGUAGAAGUUCUGGAGUUGAAAAAAAUCCCUGUACACAUGCUGCAUGGGCUGCAGAAACUUCGUGGCCAACUGAAGGUCCUCAUUGUGGCUAGAUGUCUUCAGAAUCUUGAGGAUUUAUUGGAGACGUGUGGAGGUGAUCAGAGUGCCCCCAUAUCCUGGCCUCAACUUACCAGUCUGUAUGUUAGCAGUAACGGCCUCACAAGACUAGAUAACUCUUUGAGAUUAUUAUCAGCCUUAGAAGUCAUAGAUCUCAGUCAUAACCAGCUGUACAAGACAGAAGGCUUUCUUGAGAGUUUAUCGGAAAUCAUCCGCGUGAACCUGGGGUAUAAUUGUAUAGACAGUCUUCCAUUGUUUGCCCUGUCAGCCAAACCAAAGAUAAGGACGCUCAUCCUGAGGAAUAAUAACCUAGAUAAUUUAGAAGGUAUAGAUGAUUUAGUGUGUUUAGAGGAGUUAGAUGUCUCCUCCAACUGUCUAGUCGACCAUUCCUGCCUCACUGUACUCACUGGACUAAGCAAACUCAAUCGGCUUUCUCUCCAGGGUAAUCCUUUGUCUUUCCACAGAAGUCACAGGGCAUUAACAUUACAACAUGUAACAGCCAGUGCUGCCAGGAACACAUUUACAUUAGAUGGUAAAGCUAUAAGUCCGACAGAACGAUUGCUGACACAGAGAAGUGUGAUUACAGCCUCACGCCGUCCCUCACAGGAGGCUCAUUCCAUCAUCGCAGGCAUUGAUAGGUCUGGAACCAGUUUGAGGAUCGAGAAAGCCUAUAAGUUUGACGACUCUGACAGUAUUGCCACAUCACUUAAAAUUGCUUCACCUAUUAGACGGAAAACUGGACGUAAACGAAUAAAACCCAAAAAUCGCUUUUCUGGCGACGAAAGGUUCCUUGAUGUGUCCACUACUGAUGGAGAUUCCUCGCGGGAAAACUCAAGAUCGGGGUCGCCAGUGCGAGUGAUUGAGGGAAGAUCUAGUAUCCGAGAUGAAGUGGAGGUCUUACGUGACCAUUACGGUGUCAACUGGCUUCAAGUCAUCAAUGCAAAUAAAGAUGCUGCCAUGAAAAGCAAGCAGAGUGGGAUCAAAGUUCACACUGUUGAACCAAAGAAGCGACAGGUCAAGGUUGAUGUUGAAACCACGAACAGAAAACCUGAACCAGUUGUUAAAACAGAGGAUGAUAUUUAUCUCAAUGACAGUACCGCCGGUCUCCCUGACAACAUCCCAGAUGGAGCCAGUAGCCAUCAUAGUGAUCUAGAUGGGGACGAUGACAUUGAGGUUUUGACAUCGGAAAAUGAAGAUAGCCAAACUACUGUGAUACAGAGAGAAAUAUCCUCAGGAGAAAUUUAUGGCAAAGUGAUAGACAGCUCUUCUGAGGAGGGGGCCAUGCUUGUUACGAGGCAGAAUAGUUCCCACGGCGCUGAGUGGCAGAGACUGGAGGAGGAACAAGAACAGUACUACGGUAGUGAGAGUGAACCGUACAUAGUUACCCUCCCCAACCAGGAGGACACUCAGUUGAUUGUGACAGUCAACCAGCGUUAUAUUAUCGAGAAGGACCUCAACGGCCGGGUAGUGGAAAUGCUGGACCUCAAAUGCCUUCAGAAUGUUACACUCAGCCACAAUACUUCAUCACAAGAACAGGGAACGGAAGAAGAAGUCACAUUGCCAGUGCUGCAGAUGAAGUUUGAUUAUGUGAGGAAAGACAGACGAGAACGGACAUAUAUAAUGGAAGAUAGUGAUAAUGCUAAGAGCUUCCAAAUGUUAAUACGACCUUGUCUAGAAGAAAAAGAAUUAGAUAGAAAACUACAAGGCCUUCUUCAGUGUUUGAAGUGUUCUGCCAAGUUUGACAAGUCUGAAGCUGAACCCUCACAGCUAUCCUUACUGCAGACUCUGUCGAGGAACAGUGCCACACAAGACGUCGCUGUAAAGUAUCGCUGUCCGAAGUGUAAAAGUCAGUUAGUGGUACAAAUGGAUACACACGAGAAAACCUCAUCGCCCAAGACAACACCAAUAGGUUCUUACUCAUCUGUGUCCAGUCUAAAUAGCCUCACAGGUGUGGCUAUCAACAGAAAAUCCACUCCCUCACAGGCAAGGUCUCCCGUGAGGAUUGGUCAUGGAUCACCGUCUCUCGGAGACUCUCUGAUCAACACAGCUGUGGACAUGGAAUUUCCUGUCAAACAGAGCAUGUUAGAAAAUGACCUUCUAGGAGAAAGGACAGAGGAUGUUAUUACUGGUUCUCCUGUUGCUAAAUCCACACCAUUGAAAGAUGAUUCCUCAGAAUGCCGAGUGUCUUUGUCUUGCAAAGAUGAGCCUAAACCUGAGCAUCCUUUACCAUCCCUGGUUGUGAUGUCACGCUCGGAUGGCUUCUCCCGGAAAGAAGAUCAAGCUGAGAAACUGAAUCGCAUGACAAAGUCCUCAUCCAAUGUGGCAGGUGGACAGAGUGUUACGACUCCGACGGAGAAUAAAGCAUUCCAAAGGAACGGUUCUUGGUCGGAUGUAAACAAGGCGCUCUCUAAUAAAACACUCCAACACCGGACAUCGGUGGACAGUGACAUCACCAUCCUCACCAACACCAGUGAGAGUAGUGUGGCUGUCAUCUCCGAGUCUAGUAUUGAAACCAUACCAGAUCCCAAGGUCAAGGUCACAGACAAAGAUCAAGGUCAGUGUGUGUUCAAACAAGACCUUCCAUUGCCUAUGUCUUGUAACGGGGCAUCAGGUGUAGGAUCUACAAAGAAAGUCAAUUUAAACGGCAUUGCAGAGGAACAGGGGGAGAUAACCCCUAUUGGUUCUCCUCUGUCAACAAGUGUAUGUUCCAGUAUGGUGUCGAGUGUGUACGAGAAUUCACUAGUGACGGCUAGUGAGGAAGACUUAAACGCUUUGGUGGAAAAUAGAAAUGUGGUGAAUCAGAAAUCUCCUGUGGCAGUGGAGGAUAACAAUAAUGGUGAAAAUGACACAAGUAUAUACGAUAACUCCUUCAAAACCGACAGUAUUUACGACAAUAGUGUAGACAAUGACCAUCGCACAUCCUCAACACAGGACACAAGUGAUGAAGUUGAUAACAUUACAAAUGAGUUCCAAUCAGCUCUUUCUCUCCAAAACCAAAGUGAGGUUCCUGAUGAGAUUAAUGCUGAGUUCACUAACGGUAACGGAAACCAGAUGGAGACAUCAGAUGAGGGCGAACCCUCAGGAACAGUAUUAUCAGCGACUAUGGAGGAUGACGACUUCACCGCAGUGGAUCACAGACUCAAACUGUACCUGAUGAUGAAUAUACUUGAGGAUGGGGAUGAAUGUCAGUGUGCCCUUCAGUGCGAUAUAGUGCAGUACAUGUCCUCAGAACAUGUCAAGGGCGUCGUCGUCUUCACCACCUCCAAAAUCAUCAUACUGAAGAUACUGGCUGAAUACUCCAGCAGUGAUUCUGUGGACAUGUCUUUGAGCUGUAUAGAAAACCAACCAAUCACAGAGCUGCAAUACAUUGACAUCGGCCUUGGUUACCAGACACUACGAUUUGAGUUUGACACGGAAUGUUCAAGCUACACCUUCCUCAUCAGGGAUGAGAAAAGAUGCAAAACCUACAUCAACCUCAUAACAGGUAUUGUUCAGAGCACAGCAUUCAGUAAUGGCAGUCGACUGGAAGGGAUAUCAAAGUACAAUGCUACUACAUUGGACAACCUGCGUAGUACUGUCAUUGGCGGUGAUCUGGAGGAAGGGGAGAUAAUUGAAGAUGACAGCUAUGUGUUGGUGCGCUACUUGUCGUGUCAUCAGAUGAUUGACGUGGAUGAAGAUGAGCAGCGUCCAGUUGGUCUUGCAGUCACUUCAGCUGAGCUUUGUCUGUUGCAAGAGAACCACCAGUGGCCAAUUCCCAGACUUCAAGCCCCUCUUAGUGAGGAGGUCAAAGGUCAACAGUUCAGUCUGUUGGACACACAGAAGAUCAACAACAUAGCGACAGUGGAAAUGUGCGAGACGGACAACACUCAGCUGCGGUUUACAUUCUUCAGUGAGGAAUCGGAAGAGGAGAGCUGCUGGCAAUUAGCCUUCUCUACAACAGACAGCGUGCAGUCACUAGUCAGUGCCAUCAAGGAGCCAUGGGAGAGCGAGUUUGGUGUGGCUCUGGAUGUCACUCCAGUCUCUUUCACUGAAGACUAAAUAUAAUGGAAGUCAUGGGAGAGCGAGUUUGGUGUGGACCUGGUUGUCACACCAGUCUCUUUCACUGAAGACUAAUGGAAGUCAUGGGAGAGCGAGUUUGGUGUGGACCUGGUUGUCACACCAGUCUCUUUCACUGAAGACUAAAUAUAAUGGAAGUCAUGGGAGAGCGAGUUUGGUGUGGACCUGGUUGUCACACCAGUCUCUUUCACUGAAGACUAAAUAUAAUGGAAGUCAUGGGAGAGCGAGUUUGGUGUGGACCUGGUUGUCACACCAGUCUCUUUCACUGAAGACUAAAUAUAAUGGAAGUCAUGGGAGAGCGAGUUUGGUGUGGACCUGGAUGUUACACCAGUCUCUUUCACUGAAGACUAAAUAUAAUGGAAGUCAUGGGAGAGCGAGUUUGGUGUGGACCUGGUUGUCACACCAGUCUCUUUCACUGAAGACUAAAUAUAAUGGAAGUCAUGGGAGAGCGAGUUUGGUGUGGACCUGGUUGUCACACCAGUCUCUUUCACUGAAGACUGAACAGACUCAUUAAGUGUUCAUGAUGUAACAGCCAAGAGCUGUUGUCAGUUCUGUCGCAGGAAAGUUAUACCAUUAUCGUGUGUCAGUCAAAUGAAAAUUCUUCAUGACAUUGUAUAACCAGUCAUUCAUAAAACAUACAAGUCAUCAAAAAAUACUUUCACAGUUUUUUGUGUCAAUCAAAACUUUUACUGAAAUCCAGAUCUCAUCAUUUCCAAUUUUCAAAACAUGACUACAUGUACAUAUAUGUGUUUCAAAUAGUCCAAUCUUUUGGCCAGAGUAGGACAAAACCAGCAUUACGUAUUGCAGAAUAUUUUGCAUUUAGAAAUAAAAUUAAUGGCAAUUUAUACAUAACAGUACAUUUUGAGUUUAAAAAUAAAAAAAAUUCAAUUUAUGAAAUAAUAUCAAGUACAUGUCGCAUUUACGAGUGAAUUUAGUCAUUUUAAAUAUUACAAUUCUUGUCAUAUCUGUGGUUAUAAACAUGAUUAUCUAGCAAUGUGAGUCCGUCAACAUGAGUCAUAUACUUGUAGUACGGUUUACCUUAUCGUGGCUUAUUGAUUUAAUGCAUCACAAAUUAUGUUGUAUAAACUACCUGCUACAUGUACUAAAUGUGAAACAAUAAUAUUAACACUUUUCAGUUCCACCUUGAUAUUGAGUCAAAUAUGUCUUAACUAAAGCUAGUUUUUGCAGGUCUUUUGUCGGUAUUGUGAAUUCAUUACUGGGAGAAACAGUCAGGAAAUGUCUCUUUCGGAAGGGUGUCCCAUUACAGGACCAGAAAUGUUUAGUGACAGAUAUUUUAAAGUUGACAGUAAUUGGUAAUGUUUCGAUGAAUGAAAUAGAACAUGUUUAUUAUGUAAUGACAUUUAUAGUGAUAUGGCCGACAUGUUUAGUUGUUAAAUCAUCACAUACUACCAUACUGCUAGUUACUGCUGCAAUAAGCAGAAAUCUGUACAUGGCCAAGCAGUUCUGCAGGGUUUUUGCCAUUAAUAUUUUUCUUGUUUUGAUAAUGACAAUAGGUUAUUUUAUUUAUAUCUGGACUGUGAAACAGUUUUUUUUUUUUGGAAAAAUAAUUGUGUUUUGCUCAUUUGGAGUAGAUUUUCUUGCCAAAUUAUGUAAAUGUGACACAUGAAGCGUAAUUCCAUGCCAUAGUAUUAAAUUUUUUUUUAUUAUUAUUAAUGUGUAUAUAUGCAAGCAAAUACAGUUCUUCACAACAUUUUGUUUUCAAAUUGUACAAUUGUGGUCCAGGACAAUAAACCUAAUGAUCUGGGUGGAGAACAGAAACAUUAACCUUCAGAUAAAUAUCGUAAUAUGUGUGUUUAAUGCUUGAUAAUAAUUCUCUUUUGGUGCUGCAUCUUCCAUUUAACUGACAAUUUAGACA